CGCCAGCCCCGCCGCCUCCUCGGGGCUGCAGCUCCCGGCGUGCCCCGCACUCGCAGCCGCCUGCCUGCCCGCCUGCCCCUCCUUCUCCUCCUCCCAGAUCCACGGAGCCGGAGCAGCUGCCGCAGUCACAGCCGCGGGCACUAUGGCAUCUGGAGUUACAGUGAAUGAUGAAGUCAUCAAAGUUUUUAAUGAUAUGAAAGUAAGGAAAUCUUCUACACAAGAGGAGAUCAAAAAAAGAAAGAAAGCAGUUCUCUUCUGUUUAAGCGAUGACAAAAGACAAAUAAUUGUAGAGGAAGCAAAGCAGAUCUUGGUGGGUGACAUUGGUGAUACUGUAGAGGACCCCUACACAUCUUUUGUGAAGUUGCUACCUCUGAAUGAUUGCCGAUAUGCUUUGUACGAUGCCACAUACGAAACAAAAGAGUCUAAGAAAGAAGACCUAGUAUUUAUAUUCUGGGCUCCUGAAAGUGCACCCUUAAAAAGCAAGAUGAUUUAUGCUAGCUCUAAAGAUGCCAUUAAAAAGAAAUUCACAGGUAUUAAACACGAGUGGCAAGUAAAUGGCUUGGAUGAUAUUAAGGACCGAUCAACACUUGGAGAGAAAUUGGGAGGCAAUGUAGUAGUUUCACUUGAAGGAAAACCAUUAUAAAAUGACCAUCAAGUGCCAUCUGGAUCUUAAGGGGUUUCAUUUCUCCAGCUCAGUCCAUUGGAAUAGCAUUAGGUGUUUUUUCAUUUUUUUUUUUUUUUUCCCUUUCCUCUGGGCCCUUCCAACACAGUGAAUGAAGGAGAUAUCAUUCAUUUAAGCAGCCUGUCAGUGAUUGCCAUUAGACUCUUCAAAAUGGUUAUUUUUAUGUAGAAGGAAUGCCUUCCUGUCUUUAUUUUAGCCAAAACAACUGGUUAUAUGCCUCCUUUGCAGCAAGCACUACAAUGAAUGUGAUUGUCAAUGUGAAUAGUCUAGAAUACUGCAAAGGGUAAGCAGAUUGAAUGCCUUGAAAGUAUUAUCCACUGGUCAGAUGGUGAACUUUUUUCAGUAUUAUUAUAGUUGCACUUGAUUGUAGUUCUGUGAGGCGCUGGAGCAUUCAUACACCUCACCUGCCUUGGCAAGCCUUCUUUUGUGACAUGGCAGCACGAAUAUAACACUAUGCAUUAAAAGCACUUUUGUUUUUUAAAUGAGUUUAAUCCCCCCAAAGGAAUGCCAAUUAAGUUUCAUUAACUGUGUCAUCAAUUUAUCCUAGUACCUCAGUGUUCAUUCCUAUUACCUACAUAUCUUCUUAAAAGAAAUAUCUGUUAUUAAUGCCUUUUUGUUUUCCAUUGAGUGUACACUACUGAAUAAGUGUAGGAGUUUUAUGUUUACCAUGUGAGUCUUGCGACACUAAAGAUAUUUUGAAUAUCAGUCAUGAUGGCAAUUUCUGUAUAAAAGAGCCUUAAAUGGAACAUUGUUUUGAGAUCAAACUCCCCAUCCUCACAAAAAUGGCCACGUUGCAAUAAAAAUUGUGGCAUGUUACAGAACGUUGCCUUGUUUUCCUUGGAAAUUUUGCAAAAUAUUACGUAGAACCACUUUUAGGGUAAACAGCUAUAAAUUUCUGCACUGGUCAUUUGAGAACUUUUUUUGUACAACAUUCAUGCAUGAUAUUUUCCAGAUUUGUUGGAUUUCUUUGGUUUAAACAAUAUUCUAUCCUUAAAGACACCUAAUAUAAAAUACCAUUAGUAAAGAGUGGUACUUUUUUAAACAUGUUUAUUUAUUUCUUUAUGUGGUAAUAUGGAGAGCAGUUUUUUUUUGUUUUUUUGGCUUUUGGUUUUUGCACUUUGACAUAAAUAUCCUCAAUAUCUCAUUUGUUCUCCAGUUAUUUUUUUAUUCACAUUUACACUUAGAAAUAAUUGAGUAGAAGCAGCAGGAAAUUUUUGUUGCUUAUUGGGUCAAAAUAAUAAUUUGUUAAAUGUCCUUCAAAAGUUUAAUGCUUCUGAUAUUUAGAAAUAUUCAUUUUUACUACUGUAAUAGAAUUAGAAAAGAAUUGGUAGUCUUAAACAUUACUGGUGGGAUUUGGCAGUGGUCCAGAUUGCUCUCCUUAUAGAGAAUUUGAUCUACUCAGUGUGAGCAGUUUGCUGUUAGCCAGAGCUAUUUAUGGCAAACACAUGCUUUUGUAUCUUGUCAUAGUUAUCCACAAAUGGCAAAACUGGACUUGAUUCUACUGGUAUGCAAAAUAGGCAUGCUAGUAAGCAGUGAAUUGUGGCUCAGAACUUAAGUCCAUGUUUCUGAAGAAUGCUUUUGUCAGAAAAAAAGAAAUGGAACUAUCCCUUUUUAAAUAUUUUUUAAAAGUAUUUAGAAGUAAUUUGAGUUUAAUUAGGGUUUUUUUCGUAUUUUUAAAAGUUUUUAGAUAAGAACAUUAAAAAGAUUAUGUGUCUAGGCUUCUAUUUAAAACUGUAUGAAUGGCUUGGGAUCUUUUUCGCACUGAGCAAUUUUAUUUCAGAUUUCCAACUGUCCAUGUGAGUUGUCUUAGACAUUUUGAUGACUUUUUGGAAAGGCCAAAUUUUUAAUAAUCAAAGCAGGAGAAUGCUAAUAUAUACUAAACCCUAUGUGUAACAUACUUGCACCAUGGCAUUUUUCAUUAUUUCCUCAUCCUAGAAAAUAAGGGAUUUCUUAAAAAACAAAUCAGUUAUCAGAGUAUCUUUGAUCUUUAUAACUAAUUCCUUGACUUCUUUAUAUGCGCUUUAAUAAUUUCAGAGAUUAAAUAACUUCUUUAAACUACAAUAUUUUGAUUUGUUAGAUUGACAAAAUAGAUAUUAACAUAGUUAUUUUAUAUAUAUAUAUAUAUAUAUAUAUAUAUAUAUAUAUAUAUAUAUAUUAGUUUUAGCUGGACAUAAUAUCUUUAUUUUUAUGUGGUACUGAGUAUCAAACCCAGUGUUUCACACAUGCUAGGCAAGCGCUUUACUGCUGAGCCACAACCCCAACCCUAGUUAAGUUCAUCUUUGAAAUAUAUCUUUGUGCACAGAGCUAAAAAUUAUGAUAUCAUUAAUAAUAGAUCACAUGUUGAGACUAAUUUGGCAUUUGAAAUGAUCAUUUUUAUUUUAUAAUCAUUUAUAAUGAAACAAUGUUCCAGUUAGCUUUAAAAUAUAUACGGUGCUAAUUAGUAAAAUAUAUUAAAGACAGUAUUUUACUGCUAGCUUGCAAAAUUAUAAGUGUUUAAAAAAUAAAAUACAUGAAAAUA